AGUGCCGCAGCGCACGCCCGGGUGGCUGCUCGCUGCUUGCCGCGGCCGGCGCCGCCCUCGCAGGCUGUAGGCUGUGCCUGGCUGCCGGCCGGCCUGCCCUGCUGUGGGCGCUGCGGCGCGCGGUGCUCCAAACCCGUGUGCCGGGCGGCAUGGGAUAAGACGCGGCCAUGGUACGCCGAGAUCGCCUCCGCAGGAUGAGGGAGUGGUGGGUUCAGGUGGGGCUGUUGGCUGUGCCCCUGCUGGCGGCCUAUCUGCAUAUCCCCCCUCCCCAGCUUUCUCCUGCUCUUCACUCAUGGAAAUCGUCAGGCAAAUUUUUCACCUACAAGGGCCUGCGCAUCUUCUACCAAGACUCUGUGGGUGUGGUUGGAAGUCCUGAGAUCGUUGUGCUGUUACAUGGCUUUCCAACAUCCAGCUAUGAUUGGUACAAGAUUUGGGAAGGUCUGACCCUGAGGUUUCAUCGAGUGAUCGCCCUUGAUUUUUUGGGCUUUGGCUUCAGUGACAAACCAAGACCGCAUCACUACUCCAUAUUUGAGCAGGCCAGCAUCGUGGAGGCACUUUUGCGGCACCUGGGGCUCCAGAACCGCAGGAUCAACCUUUUGUCUCAUGAUUACGGAGAUAUUGUUGCUCAGGAGCUGCUCUAUAGGUUCAAGCAGAAUCGAUCCGGUCGGCUUACUAUAAAGAGUCUCUGUCUGUCAAAUGGAGGUAUAUUUCCUGAGACUCACCGUCCUCUCCUUCUCCAAAAGCUUCUCAAAGAUGGAGGCAUGUUGUCACCCAUCCUCACUCGAUUGAUGAACUUCUUUGUAUUCUCCCGAGGUCUCACCCCAGUCUUUGGGCCGUACACCCGCCCCUCUGAGAGUGAGCUGUGGGACAUGUGGGCAGGGAUUCGCAACAACGACGGGAACUUAGUUAUCGACAGUCUCUUACAGUACAUCAACCAGAGGAAGAAGUUUAGAAGACGCUGGGUGGGAGCUCUUGCUUCUGUAACUAUUCCCAUUCAUUUUAUCUAUGGGCCAUUGGAUCCUGUAAAUCCCUAUCCAGAGUUUUUGGACCUGUACAGGAAAACGCUGCCGCGGUCCACAGUGUCGAUUCUGGAUGACCACAUUAGCCACUAUCCACAGCUAGAGGAUCCCAUGGGCUUCUUGAAUGCAUAUAUGGGCUUCAUCAACUCCUUCUGAGCUGGAAAGAGUAGCUCCCCUGUAUUACCUCCCCUACUCCGUUAUUUGUUGUGUAUUCCACUUAGGAAGAAAUGCCCAAAAGAGGUCCUGGCCACCAAACACUAUUCUCUCACAAAAGUCCACCUGACGCACAUCGGUGAUCAGCAUAUAGUAAAAAGCCCGCAGAAGCUCCGUUAAAGGAUGGCCCUAAGAGUCCACCUCCCAUUCUUCUCACAUUUGAGCAAGUGUAUGGACUUGCCUUUGCGCUAUUAGGAAUUUCUUAAAAG